UUGUAUGGUUGAAGUUUCUGAGAGAGAAAGAGAGAGUAAAUUUUUUCAACGAUUUGAUUGUCAUUUAAUUGCCCAAAAUGUGAGAACAAUUUUUAAUCAACUGAUUAUUUAAUGUGAAAUUUAAUGUGAUUUACGGUUACAUUUAAGUUUACUUGUUGUUCAUGUAAAUAAUGAGAGGAUUGAUGAUCCAAUCAAGCACUUUACCAAAUCCACGUUUGAAGAAAGACAUAACUGCCUCAUUAGCCUCAGAUGGUAGGAUCUAUUACAUAAACCCUGUAAGCCAAACAACUUCCUGGUUACCACCAAUUGAUGCUUGGGAUGCCGGUGAUCCUUGUUUACCCUAUGGUUGGGAAAUUGCUUGUGACUCAGAGAAAAAUUAUUACAUCAAUCACAUUAAUAAAACAACUACAUAUGAAGAUCCAAGGAAAGAUGAAGAUGAAGCACCACCACAGCCAAGAGAAGUUGAAUUGCUUCGUGAUCCUGAUUGUGGAUUUGGGUUUGUCGCAGGUUCUGUUAAACCAGUGAUAGUUCGUUCUGUCAAAGAAGGUGGGCCUAGUGAAGAUAAAUUAAUACCAGGAGAUCAAAUACUCAAAAUCAAUGGUCUUGAUGUACUUCAAGCACCUCGAGAUGAGGUUAUUGAUAUGGUUAAAUCUUGUCAAGACUCAGUUAAGUUGACUGUUUGUCAACCCUAUUCAACUCGUAAAUCAGCCAUUUUAACAGCCGCCAAGAAAGCUAAAUUAAAAUCUAAUUCAUCAAGGGUUCGAUUUGCUGAAGGAGUUGCUAUUAAUGGGUCUCCUUUAUAUUGUCCAACCGCAUUUGAAUCAGAUGUACCCAUCAUGCCAAAUGUGUUGAAGGUUUUCCUGGAAAAUGGUCAAACCAAAACGUUUAAAUAUGACAGUUCCAUUACAGUGCAACAUGUUCUGAACUCUCUUAUAGAGAAACUUGACCUUCGUUGUCCAGAAUAUUAUAGUCUUUGUACGGAACAUAUUAAAUCAAUAAGACGGAACAAGUUAACAAUUCUAGAUCCCAAAGAUACUUUAUCCAAAAUCGCUGCUCGACCUGGUGCUCACAAUUUAAGAUGUUUAUUCAGGAUGACCUUUGUGCCAAAAGAUACCAAUGAGUUAUUUAAAAAGGAUCCCAAUAGUUUUGAAUAUUUAUAUGGACAAUGUUGCAAUGAUGUAAUUCAGGAAAGAUUUACACCCGAAUUGAAAUAUGAAAUAGCCUUAAGGUUAUGUGCAUUACAACUUUAUCAACACGCAUUAGUCAAUGGAUUGGUUAAUAAUCGAGGAAAAGUGAAUCUAAAAGCAGUCGAAAAGGAAUAUGGUUUAGAACCUUUUGUGCCAUAUUCUUUGGCGGAAACGAUGAAACGUAAACAACUUCGAAAGUAUCUCAUUCAUUCCCUUAAACAGAAUCGAUCCCUGAUUCCAACGGGUCAGAAACAUUUGACCGAAGGACAAACCAAAAUUCAUUAUCUGACCAUCAUCAGUGAAUUACCCUGUUAUGGAGCUAAAUUAUUCUCAACUAUAAUCCGUGAUUCAACCGCUGAUUUAGCAUUACUCAUAUCACCAAAAUAUGGUAUUAGUCAUGUUACCCAUGGACGUCAAUCAUCACCGAUAACCUUAGCCAAAAUAGAGGAUGUGACUAGUAUUCAAGUAACCAAAGACGAUGAUCUUAGUUUUACCGUUGAAAUACAAUUAAAAGGUACUGGUAGUUCAAUCGAAACCUCACCGUUACAUUUUGCUCUGGACGAGAAAGAUGCUGAGGAGUUUACCUUGGUUCUAAAAGGUUAUCAUCAAUUAUUAACAAAAACUGGAGAUGAAAAUGAUUCCAAAGAGAUUCCCGUCUACUGGGAUGUGGGACCUUCAUGGUGGACUGAUUCAGAUUUAAGUGAAUCAAUGAUUGCUCCAAGUUAUCAUGGUAAACAUUUGGUUAGAGUUGCCCCCUGGUCAUAUCCACAAUCAAUUGAUCCAAAUGAAUUUCGAAUGAUUGACUUUUCUCAACCACCGACAACAGCCAUGUCAUUAAGCCUCGAUGAAUCUAAUUAUGACAAUGGUUACGAAUCUAAUAAGGAUGACUGUGAUUACCUAAGCUCACUAAUAAUACCACCUCCACCAACAAGUUCACCCUCCUUUAAUCAAGAACUAGAUGAGAUAAUUGCGAGAUUUUGGAAAGCAACAGAUGAUGUGAGAAAAGUUUGUAACGAAUCUGAUUAGUCAAUCUUUUUGUCCUAUUUCAUUUUUUUCUUAAUUUUGUGUUUCUUCACACUCAUUGAGUAAAUUUUAUAAACUUUCAUCAAUAAAUAACUUUUUCUCUUAA